UAUUUUUGCAAUUAAUUAAUAAUACACCAAAAAUACGAUGAUGAUAUCAUCCAGCUUCGCCGAGUUGAAGCUCGAGUACCCAGGGACGACGACGACGACGAACAGCUUCGCCGUCGGCGACGGGGAGCAGUCGUGGGUCAUCAGAUGCUACCCGCGCGGCUACCGCGAGGAGGACAAUGGCGAGUACGUCUCCCUGCGCAUCGGCGUGCCGGCGAGAUCGAACACCGUCAGGGCCAUCUUCCACACCUUCCUGAUGCGCCGCGACGGCGGCGUCGGCGCGCCGUCGAUCAUCUGCUCGGACAGGGCCUUCCCGAUGAGUGUCCCCGGCCACCCCCGCGGCUACGGCGGCGCGUUCCGGCACCUCGUGAGGCGGAGCGACCUCGAGCCGCUCUACGCCGUCGACGGCGUGGUCACGAUCGUCUGCGGUGUCGUGGUCUUCGCCGACGCCGGCGGCGGCGGCGGCGACGACGACGACGGCGGCCCUAUACCCGUCCCGCGGUCGAACCUCGGCGGCCAGCUCGGCGGCAUCGUGGACCGCGCCGACUGCUCCGACGUGUCGUUCUCCGUCGGCGGCGAGACGUUCCACGCGCACCGCGCCGUGCUCGCCGCGCGCUCGCCGGUGUUCAAGGCGGAGCUCCUCGGGUCCAUGGCGGAGGCCGCCAUGCCGUGCGUCACCCUGCACGACAUCGAUCCGGCCACGUUCAAAGCUCUACUACACUUCGUGUACACGGACGCCUUGCCGUCGCCAUCGACGUCGUCGUCGUCGUCGUCGACGACGACCGGUUUUUUCGAGAGCUUGCUCGUGGCGGCGGACAGGUACGCAUUGGAGAGGUUGAAGCUGAUGUGUGCACAGAAGCUGUGGGAGAGCGUGUCGGUGGAGACGGUGGCGACGACGCUAGGCUACGCCGAGACGUACCAUUGCCCGGAGCUAAAGAGCAAGUGCCUCAACUUCUUGAUGGCGGAGAGCAACUUCAAGAAGGUGGCCGUCACCAAUGGCUACUUUCAUCUUAGGCAGGACUUCCCGUUAAUUAUUGAAGAGAUUAAAAAACGGAUUGAGAGUUAAAAACUUUACAUAUAGAUAUCGGUCGCUUGCAAGAUUAUUGCCAACAUGUUAACCUCCAGUUUCGUCUUCAACCUAGAUUACCAGGAGACGCAGAGCUUCGACGUCGGCGACAACAUCGCCAAAAGCAUCGACGAGCACUGUUCGUGCGAAUUAUUAUAAUAUAUUUUCCCUCUAUUAUCUGGAUGCUGUGAAUUUUCUUUGUUCUUGAUAAAUCUUAUGCCAUAGUACAGUAAGCAGAAAGACCAACAGUUUCUCAUCCAAAUGAUAUUUCCAAAACAUUAUGGUUAUUCGACAUUGCCGCCAACAAACUCAUUCACAAUGAUUUCCAUGAAAUACACCCAAAACUAUAAACAUGAUUUUAUUUCUCAGCUUCAUUUUCCAUAGAAGAUGCACGUCAAGCUAAACGGAACGAGGCCGCAGAUUAACACCAAACCAUGUACACCAAUGCUGACCUACUACUGCCUCAACACGAGCGUUAACAACUGUACACAACAGUACACGGCUGCUACCUGACCAGUCUCUGAUUGUACAACCGAAUAAAUGGUGCGAAGGAUAGCUAAACCUCCGUUCUCUACUACAGGUACAAAUGAUGCAUCACACAAAUGAUCUAGUAUUUCACCAGCAAUAUUGCACAGAACAACAGCACAUGCAAGCUUAAAUGGUGUCAUGGAAUUGGAUCCCUCUGCGCACCAGGUGGAGCUGUUGGCAUUGGGAAAUUGAAUGGGUAAUAGGUUC